AUGACAUUUUACUCUAGUGGUCUACGUGGCACAGUGUUAGCAGAGAAGACUUCUCUAAGUUCCCAGUAUUUCCCAGCUCUGCAAAAAUUUGCCGUGCUUGAAAUUGGGCUCAUCUUGUUUCCUGUAGCCAAUCAGAGAGCAGCUGGACAGCUGCUGUGGCAGAUGGUGGUAGCAGAGGGUAAGAAGUCUAGUAAUCCUUUCCUGUCCAAGGCGCUGACAUCUCCCCUGGAUAGCUCUGUCUUGAACACAGCACAACUCAUUCCCGGCCUGGGGGAUAUAAAGGCCAAAGCUCUGCUGGAAAGAUUUAAAUUGCAAUGA